AUGGCGGGGGCCGCGCUCCUGUUGGCGUUGGCGCUGGCGGCGCCGCGGGCGGCGGGCGCGGACAUGGGCGCGUGCUACGACGGCGCCGGGCGGCCGCAGCGCUGCAUGCCCGUGUUCGAGAACGCGGCGUUCGGCCGGCGCGCAGAGGCCUCGCACACGUGCGGGAGCCCGCCCGAGGACUUCUGCCCGCACGUGGGCGUGCCGGGCGCGGGGACGCAGUGCCAGCGCUGCGACGCCGCCGACCCCCUGCGCCACCACAACGCCUCCUUCCUCAACGACUUCCAUAGCCAGGACGAGACCACCUGGUGGCAGAGCCCGUCCAUGGCCUUCGGCGUGCAGUACCCCACCUCCGUGAACAUCACGCUCCGCCUGGGCAAGGCCUAUGAGAUCACCUACGUGCGGCUCAAGUUCCACACCAGCCGACCAGAGAGCUUCGCCAUCUACAAGCGCAGCCGUGCCGGCGGCCCCUGGGAGCCGUACCAGUACUAUAGCGCCUCCUGCCUCAAGACCUACGGCCGGCCCGAGGGCCACUACCUGCGGCCGGGCCAGGACGAGCGUGUGGCCUUCUGCACCUCUGAGUUCAGCGACAUCUCCCCGCUGAGUGGCGGCAAUGUAGCAUUCUCCACCCUGGAGGGCCGGCCCAGCGCCUACAACUUCGAGGAGAGCCCGGGGCUACAGGAGUGGGUCACCAGCAUGGAGCUCCUCAUCUCCCUAGACCGUCUCAACACGUUUGGGGACGACAUCUUCAAGGACCCCAAAGUGCUCCAAUCCUACUAUUAUGCCGUGUCUGACUUCUCCGUGGGCGGCAGGUGCAAAUGCAACGGGCACGCCAGUUCGUGCGGCCCUGACGCCUCUGGCCAGCUGGUGUGCCACUGCCAGCACAACACAACCGGCCCCGACUGCGAGCGCUGCCUGCCCUUCUUCCAGGACCGCCCGUGGGCCCGGGGCACGGCUGAGGCCGCCCACGAGUGUCUGCCCUGCAACUGCAGCGGCCGCUCUGAGGACUGCACUUUCGACCUGGAGCUUUUCCGCAGCACCGGCCACGGUGGGCGCUGUCACCACUGCCGUGACCACACGGCUGGGCCCCACUGCGAACGCUGCCGGGACAACUUCUACCGCUGGGACCCACGGGCACUAUGCCAGCCCUGCGACUGCCACCCAGCAGGCUCCCUGCACCUGCAGUGUGACCAGGAGGGCACCUGUGCCUGCAGGCCCAGUGUGACGGGCUGGAAGUGCGAUCGCUGUCUGCCAGGGUUCCACUCGCUCAGUGAGGGAGGCUGCAGACCCUGCACCUGCCAUGCCGCCGGCAGCCUGGGCACUUGUGACCCCCACAGUGGGCGAUGCCCUUGCAAAGAGAAUGUGGAAGGCCACCUGUGUGACAGGUGCCGCCCGGGCACAUUCAACCUGCAGCCCCACAACCCCGCCGGCUGCAGCAGCUGCUUCUGCUACGGCCACUCCAAGGUGUGUACGGCCGCCGCUGGGUUCCAGGUGCACCACAUCCUGUCUGACUUCCGCCAGGGGGCUGGGGGCUGGCGGAGCAGACGUGCAGGAGGCCCGGCACGACCCCUACCGUGGAGUCCGAGUGGGAUCCUCCUGAGCCUGGAAGAAGAGGUUGUGCUCGAAGCACCAGAGCCGUUCCUGGGCGACCAACGGCUCAGCUACGGGCAGCCCCUCACGCUCACCUUCCACGCCCCCCCGGGGGGCACCCCACCGCCGCUGCACCUGAGGCUGGAAGGGGCGGGCCUGGCCGUGUCCCUGAGGCGCUCUCACCUGUCCAGCUCCCUGAGGGAGGCCCAGCUCAGCUUCCUGCUGCAGGAGACCUCAGAAGAUGAGGGGCCUCCGCUGGCCGCCUUCCACUUCCAGCGGCUCCUGGCCAACCUCACCGCCCUGCGUGUCUGCAUGGACCCAGGGCCUCCUUCAGGCCCCGUGUUCCUGACCGAGGUCCGGCUCCCGUCAGCCCAGCCCCAGCACGGGCCCCUCCCUGCGGCCUCCUGGGUGGAGACCUGCUCGUGUCCCCAGGGGUACCUGGGCCAGUUCUGUGAAUCCUGUGCUCCGGGGUACAAGAGAGAGACUCCACAAGGCGGGCCCUAUGCCAGCUGUGUCCCCUGCACCUGUAACCAGCAUGGCACAUGUGACCCCGACACAGGGAUCUGCCAGUGCGACCACCACACCGAGGGCCUGUCCUGUGAGCGCUGCUUGCCAGGUUUCUAUGGCGACCCCUUCUUGGGCCGAGCCGACGUCUGCCAGCCCUGCCCGUGCCCCGGCCAGUCGGCCUGCACGACCAUCCCGGAGAGCGGGGAGGUGGUGUGUACCCGCUGUCCUCCAGGCCAGAGAGGGCGGCGCUGUGAGAUCUGUGAUGAUGGCUUUUAUGGGGACCCCCUGGGGCUCUCCGGGCGCCCCCAGCCCUGCCGCAGGUGCCAGUGCAGUGGGAACGUGGACCUGAACGCCAUUGGUAACUGCGACCCGCAGACUGGCCGCUGCCUGCGCUGCCUGCACAACACGACAGGCGACCACUGUGAGCGCUGCCAGGAGGGCUUCUUUGGGAACGCCUCGGCCCCCCAGCCCACGUACAAGUGCACGCCCUGCAACUGCCACCCUGGGGGUUCGGUCAGCAAGCAGACGCCCUGCGACCCCGUGACUGGCCAGUGCGCCUGCCUGCCUCACGUGGCUGGACGGGACUGCAGCCACUGCCUCCCUGGCUUCUACGACCUCCAGCCCGGCGGGGGCUGCCGGAGCUGCCAGUGUCACCCUCUGGGCUCCCAUGGGAAUCAGUGCCAUCCUGAGACUGGGCAGUGCCCGUGCCGCCCAGGUGUCACAGGCCUGGCCUGUGACAGGUGCCAGCUGGGCUUCUUUGGCUUCUCCAUUAAGGGCUGCCGUGCCUGCAGGUGCUCACCGCUGGGCGCCAUCUCAGCCCAGUGCUACGAGAACAGCACAUGUGAAUGCAAGCCCGGCUUCGUGGGGUACAAGUGUGACCGCUGUCGUGACAACUUCUUCCUCACGGCUGACGGUGCCCGCUGCCAGGAAUGCCCCUCCUGCUAUGGCCUGGUUCAGGAGGAGGCGGCCAAGCUGAAGGCCAGGCUGGCCUUGAUGGAGGGAUGGCUGCAAGAGUCUGACUGUGGCACUCCCUGGGGGCCGCUGGACAUUGUACAGGGGGAGUCGCCACGAGGGGACAUCUACCAGGGCGGCCACUUGCUGCAAGGGGCCCGGGAAGCCUUCCUGGGACAGGUGAUGGGCCUCGAGGGAGCUGUGAAGGCGGUGCAGGAGCAGGUGCGGGCUCGGAGCAGAAGCAGCAGCUGUGCCUUGGGUGGAGCUCAGAAGACCUGCGUGCAGCUAGCGGACUUGGAGGGCGUGCUGGCGGCCUCGCACGGGGAGAUUCUGCGUGCGGCCGCCAUCCUGGCCUCUCUGGCGAGUCCUGGGGCAGGGGCCAGCCAGCCCACCAACUGGAGCCAUCUGGCCAUGGAGGCUCGUGCCUUUGCCAGGAGCCACAGAGCCAGCGCUGCCAGGAUUGGAGCCACUGCCCAGAGAGCCCUCGUGGCUUCCAAUGCCAGCUCCACGCUUCUCCGGAGGCUAGGUGAGGGGAGCUUGGCCCUGGAGACCCAGCGGCAGCUGGAGGACAGGUACCAGGAAGCCCAGGAGGCCCAGAAAGCACUGGGCACAGCUGUGGCAGAGGCACUGGCCGAAGCCAGGAGAGUGCUGGCCACCGUGCAGCAACUUGACACAGAUGCAGCCCCGCGCCUGGCCUGGCUGGCAGCUCCAGGAUCACAGCUUCCGAAAUCCAAGGCCAGGGACGUGAGCAGGAAAGCAGGGUCCCUGGAGAAGAUGGUUAUGUUGAGAGAGCGUGUGGCCGCCAAGGCCACCCGAGCCCUCCAGGCCACUGCACAGGCAGCGCUGCAGAAGAUGGAGCCCCUCGUGCAGCUGCGCCAGGAGGCCACAGCUGCCCUGACCCGGGCCUCCUCGUCCAUCCAGGCCGCCACGGUGACGGUCAUGGGAGCCAGGACCCUGCUGGCCAACCUGGACGGAAUAAAGCUUCGGUUUCCCCGGCCCAAGGACCAAACGGUGCUGCAGAGGAAGGCAGGCGUGGUAAAGGACAGGCUGCUCGCCGACACAAAAAGGAAGACCAAGCAAGUGGAACGGAUGCUGGGACAUGCGGUGUCUCUCUCUUCUGCUUCCAAGAAGAAAGGCAGAGAGGCAGAGCUGUUGGCCAGAGAGAACAGCAAGCUCGCCAAGGCUUUGCUGCGGGAAGGGAAACAGCGCCAGUGCCACGCCAGCCGGCUCGCCAGCCAGACACAGGCCACGCUCCGACAAGCCUCCCACCAGAUGCUGAGCUCAACAGCACACACCCGAGAGCUGCGGGAAGUUGAGCAAGUGGGGGCCAGGCUGAAUGAAAUGGAGCAGCACAUUCGGGAAUCCCGCGUCUCCCUGGAGGAGGACAUCAGAGCCUUGGCAGAGCUCCUUGCCAGCCUGGGCUCGUUGGACACCCACCGCACGCCAGCCCAGGCCCUGAAUGAGACCCAGUGGGCACUGGAACGCCUGAGGCUGCAGCUGGAUGCGCCGGGGGCCCUGCAGAAGAAACUGAGGCUGCUGGAAGAGCAGGCGGAGCAGCAGGAGCUGGAGAUCCAGGGCUUCGAGAGGGAGCUGGCCGAGGUCCGCGCCGACAAGCAGAACCUGGAGGCCAUUCUGCUCAGCUUGCCUGAGAGCUGUGCCAGCCGCCAGUGA